CCUGUGUGCUCAGUUCUGUAUUUCAAAAUGGCAAAACAAAUUAUUUACGAGAAGAAACUAAUACUUGAUAGCAAACACUUCUGCUUCACUACUGUGAGAAGUCACAGCCUGUGAUCUGAAGCGUAAAUGCUCUUUGAGGCCCAAAGACAUGUAUGUACCCAUAGUAAGAAACAACAGUGCCCUAUACUUCUUGACAAACUGUGGAGGUCCUGAAGACCGGUGUUGUAUCUCUUCUUCUAGUUAAUUUUUGGGAAACUUGAGGCUUUGUGGAACAGGAUUCUGUCUAAUUAUAAAGCAGAAAAUCCAGUUAAAGUGUUUAAUUAAGCCAUAUUAGAAAUUUAUGAAUACAGUUCUAUUUUAUAAUUGCUUCCUUCUGUGUUAACUUCAGGUUAUUAAAGAUAAUCUGUGGCUUCCAGAAGGGAUUGAAUGUCUGGGAAUGACAGGGUGGUUGCCUCCAGCCCGGGAUGCCCGCGACCAGCUGUUGGCUUCGGCAGCCUCGGGUGAUCAGUGGAGCCAUUCGCUGUUUGCCUUGAUACCCUCGUGGACAAAGAAGAUCUUGUUCAAACGAGAGUCUUCUGUUAACCACCAGCUGCCUGAAGAUGUGUCCAGAACUGCAGUAUCUUCAGGAUUUGGAGUAACCCUUCAGAAAUGUGCUGUGGUGGAUGUUCAGCGUGACCCCCAGACUGCACAUGUUAGACUUCUAAUUAAUAACACCAACAUGCUGCUUUCAGCAAACAUUACAGAUCUCGUUCUGCUAGACAAUAUUACUGGCCUACGUAUUCCAAAAAACAGUGGUAAUAGGACAACAGAUGGUAUCCAGAUUUACAGGAAAAGAUUCUUGCAAGUUGGAGAAUACUUUGCAAUCAACUACACUGCACUUCUUGAUGGGGAAAAAAUGUGGAACGGCAGGGUCUUGACACUGCCUGCUAAGCUAACUUUCAGGAGUUCAUCACUGAACAAAACACAUCUCAUAUCAUUGACAACAUCAUUCACCAUAACUGAAGAAGAAAAGACCAAGAUUUCAUACAGCCAUGGCAUUCAUGCUGCAGGGUUCUUCAUUGCUUUUCUUGUUUCCCUUGUAUUAACGUGCGUUGUUUUUUGUGUUGUUUACCGAACCCAAAUAUUAAAAUGGAGCUUCCGUAGUAAAAACCAGGAGCUACGGCAUGAACUCAGUCAAAAUCACAAACUGGAACACUUUCAGUUUAAUUCAGGUGAUCUCUUUAGUGAAGAUAUAAUUAUGAAUGACCAAUUCAUCGAUAUACUAUAUUUUGAAGAAUCUGGGAACAUGCUUCGGGCUUUAGAAGACUUGGAAGUCACCAGCCUGACUCGGGCAGACGCUGAUUUGGAGGCAUAUCGAAUGCAGAUGUGCAAAGAAGUGAUUGCUAUGAUGAUGAAGAACAUGGUUUUCAGUCACAGCCUCUUUCCUCAUGUGGAGAAGAGGAUGAGUUCAAUUUUUAAAAAGCAGUUUCUUGCCAUGGAGAAAGAGAUUCAGGAAGAGUAUGAAAGAAAGAUGGUGGCUUUAACAGCUGAAUGUAAUUUGGAAACUAGGAAGAAAAUGGAGGCUCAGCACCAAAAAGAAAGAGCUGCAAACGAGGAGGCUGAAGAAUUAAUGAAGAAAGUGAACGAAAAGCCUGCUGUAGAAUACAGAAGUCUUCUGGAUAGACUUCACGGCCUGGAGCAGGACCAUUUGAAGAGGUUUCUUCUGGUAAAGCAGGAGGAAUAUUUUGCAAAGGCUUAUAGACAGCUGGCUAUUUCCAGGAGAAAGGAGCUGCAUAACAUCUUUUUUACACAGAUAGCAAAUGCCAUUUUCAAGGGAGAACUGAAGUUAGAAGCAGCUAAAAUACUAGUGCAAGAUUACUCUAAAAUACAGGGAGACAUUGAAGAGCUAAUGGAUUUUUUGCAAGCCAGCAAGAAAUAUCAUCUGAACAGAAGAUUUGCUUUCAGGGAGUAUCUUAUAAAUAAGAUACAGUUAUGUGAUUCUCGAGCCUCUGCUAUUGUAAAUGCAGCAGCAAGCCAGAUACCAAGUCUCAUUAGUAAGAUGGAAAGGGCAGGUCAUCUGUCUGAAAGUCAUUUGAGAAUGCUGCUGGAGCAAGCUCAGGCUGAAAUUAAUUCUGUUAAACAGAAAUUUGAUCAUGAUUUAAAACAAGAAAAGCAAAAGCUUCACCAGAAACUCAUUAUCAAGCGAAGACGAGAAAUGUUGCAAAAGAAAGAACAUCGAAAGGAGCAGCUGUCACUAGGAGACACCUUCAAAACAACUCAGGAGGUCAGUCACUACAUCAGCCACUGGAAAAGUCUUCUGAGUGAUCAUGCUGUUGAAGUUGAAGAACUUACUGAGAAGCUUGAUAAUGAAGCCAGUGAAGAGCUCAGAGAGCUUACAUUUAGUCUAAUGGAGAAAACCAUUGAGGAGCUUAAACGUGUUCAGUAUGGAGUAUUUGUGCAAGAACUGUUAAAGCUCAAUGUGUUGCGGAUGUUCCUGCUAGAAGUUGUGGAGGAGCAUAAAAAGGAGAUGGCUGUUAAACGUGAACAACUUGAAAGAGAAGAACGUGACAAGAGCAUGGCCAUUGAAGACUUGCUUCCCCUCACCAGGCAAAAGCUAAGUGAAGAACUGGAAAAGAGUCUUUCAGAACAAAAAAAAAUAAGGACCUGGGAACAAUUAGUAUUCAUGCAGCUGCAAAGUUUACCCCUGUCGUUAUCUGAAGAGGAAUUGCUUAAAAUAAGGCAAGAGUUCCACUGCUGCUUUUCCCAAAUGGACGGCAGCUUGGCUCUGCCCAGAAUAAGAGGGAGAACUUUGCUCCAGGCUUUCGAGUCGGCAUGGAGGGAAGCAGAGCUGCUGAAAGUGGACCAGCGUUUAGCGAUGCCCAGCAAACAGCAACAUUCCAAAAUGAAAAAACCAGGAUCCAGGAAUAGAAAUAAGAUAGAUAUUCUGAAGAAAUCUUUAGAGGAAAAAAUUUUCAUUUAUGAAAACUCGGUGAGAGAAGAAAAUUUGAAUAAGGUUAAGUACGAAUUGCUGCUUGAGAAACAGAGUCAGCUGCGUGAUCUAGAGAAUAAACUUGGAGAGUAUAUUGCUUCUUUACAAUUUCAAAAGACUGUUAAAAAAUCCAAAAUGUUGGAGUUGUAUACUGCUAUCAUAAGCAUUCAAGCUUUGCUCUUCGAACAGCUGAGCAUUUCAAAAGCACUAUCAAAAUUGGAAUGUAUUCAGAUUUUAGAAGCACACAAUCCUGAGAUUGAAGAAGUUGACAAGAAACUGGAGUAUGAGAUGUCGCAUAAGGAGUCAGCUCAGCAGCAGCAGCAUCUAAUGAGUAGGCAGAGAUGGGCUCCAGAUGGAUUAGGACUUUCAAGUGAAGCUAUGGAAACUAAUGGAGACAGACAGAUGACGCUUCUGCUAAGACAGGCUAUGAAUAAAUGUAGACAGUUUAUAAAUCUGCACCAGCAAAGCUUCAGAGAAGAGCAAGCAAAUUACGUGGUGCUUGAAGAUCUCCUGGAAAAUUUAGAAGCGGAUGCACUUUUGGCACUUUAUAGUCAGGAGCUGCGAUUGGCAGGUUACUUAGCCAAACUGACAAAGGUACCAGUGGGGAUGCUGCACAGGAUCCUGAACUUAUUGCUACCCUCCAGUUCACAAAGUGAGGUUCUUUCUGUCCUUGAUUCCAUCAAUAAAUAUUCACAUGGUAUUGCUGAAAGUGACAGUAAUGCAGAGGAGUCUGGCAGCUGUAGAAAAAGGAAGCAGCAAGGGUUAUGGCAAGCAUUAGAGAGCAAAGUAAGGCAAGAUUUGAUAAACAGAAGUUUGGAAAAGAUGUCUUCUCUAAGCAGAAGAAAAGACAGCUUGAUAAAGAAGACGCAACUUGCCUUCCUGGAAAGAGCAUCAUUCAUUCAUCUUGAAUGUUCGCCUAGACAUAAUCCUAUGGAACAGUCUGGUCCACCUGUUUCUUUGAACAUGGCAACUGCAGAAGCCAUAGAGCUAUUAGACACAGGGGAGAAGGUAUUUUUAUUCCGUGAGCAGAGUGAUCCAGUACUUUCACUUCAUAAUUCUCCAAGGAAGAAGAAAAAGAACUUUCUUAAUUCUAAAAAGGCUGCUCGUGCAAGUAUGAACUAAUGGGGGAGACAUCCAGCCAAUGUAUCAGUUCGGAAGGAGAAAGUUCCUUAAGUCAGAAAAAUGAGACAGAGUGAAGUGUGCAGUUUAAGUAACGCUUGCAUAGUUCUGAUAUCAUUUGCUUGAUGUUGUAAAUAGCUGUAGUUUAGAAUUGGAUUUUGCGUUCCGUCAGUUAGUAAAUGUGCAUUGCACAUGUUGUAAUUCUUGGCAGCAUAUAAGGGAGCCGUAGAUGAAGUAUGGGUACUUUGUGAUGCGCAUUGUGAUGAGCAGGACUCAGUGUUCAUUCAGUUCUUGUUGAUCCUUUUUGCACUGAUUUUACUGUAGCUGUAUUUUCAUAAUUUAUGUAGAAAGGUUAUUUAUUGUAUAAAGUACUAAUUUACUAUUCUUGUAUUUAUAUAUUCUUGUAAUAAGCUGUGGUGUAGCAGGUAACGUGAGGAGAUGGAAUAGACGGUCCACAAUCUCUCUGUUCUCUGAUUUUCUGUUAUUCUAGCUAAUUUACUAUUUAAUAAUGUGCUGUUAAUAGGCUUUCAAUAUUACUUUUGCAGUCUAUGUUCUGAUUAUAGCUGAUAGUCAAGAUCUUCAGCAAAUACAUACGUGCUUAGCCUUACAUCCCAGGGUAACUUCAGCUUUUUUCUAUUGUUGCUAAGCAAAGCUCCAGUAGAACUGCGAGUGUGGAUACAGUUCAAAACUGUCUUAAAAUAUUUGCAACCUGUCUUUUCUUGGUGAAGUAACAGUAUCACACUCACGCAAGAAAAAAGGGAAACAUGUAAAUAGGCUUGUAGUACCUUUAAAAGCUUUUUUCAUUGCAGUGAUGUCAACUCCCACGAUUUUAGGUGGGGUUUUUUUUGAAGUUCUUAUUCAUGGAUUACUUUAAAUUCUUAGAGUAUCAUUUUACAUUAAAGAAAUUAUUUUUAAACCUUUCUAGUUGAGGGGAAGAAGCUUAUAAAUAUGAACAUUGAAAACAGUAACAGCAAAAGUAAAUAAAAGCAACAACUGUAUUUGUUAAUCUUUCAUGAUAUUCAAGCCGAUUUAGAGGUAUUUUGAACUGCUUUUGAACGUCAUGCUUAGAGGGUACUGUGAUCAUGUAUUUUGCAAUUUUUCAUGUAUUGAGUUUCUUUGUAUUAAAAAAUGCCACUUUCAUUUAGAAAAUGAAAAUAGUCUUUUAUAAAGUAUCAUAAUUUACUAGAACCUUGGAGACUGUGAAAUGCUACAGUAAGGCUUCCUCCUGCAUGCAUCAAUAUUUAGGAAAAAGAUCGUGUUGCAUCCAGUGUUACAGGAAAUGUAACUCCUGCUGUUACAGCUGAAUGUAUGGAUAGGCCACAUGAAAAGAGAUGGCCUACAGCACUGUCUUAUGGCAUGGAGAAUGCAACAGUGCAAAAAGUGCCAAAAAUGAAUUUAUAAGGGCUAAUUAGCUGAAGACGUAGAUAGCUCUA